UCUGAAUUUCUUUGUUGAUUCUAUUGAAGAGUCAGUAUACGGUAAUUAAGAUUUAAGGGAUUAGGAGAUUGUCACAGUGUGUUAGGCUGAUUUGAGGAUUUCCCCCCUUCAGAAAUUUGUCGAAUAAAUAAACGUUUGCUAUUUUGUUUUCAUACUUAGUAAACGAAGAAUGGAUUUAAGAGGGUAAAUAACUGACUAUAAGUAGACCCAAUCAUGGCCCAGGUGGAAAAGAAGGCAGGCUUGCUGAGGAGGACAUCCUCCUCUAAGAAACCUCUGAAGGAGAAGGUGGUCUUGAUGUAUGAUGAGAUAUUUGCGAAGGAUGAUCCAGCAAAGUCGAACCCUCGUUUCUGGGAUGAGCUGUUUCUUAUGAAGGUUAAUCUGGAAUAUCUAGAGGGAAAGUUGGAGUCGUUGGAUGGGGACGAAGUGAUCAAGAUGAAGGAUAAUAUAAACAGUCUGUUUCACCACUGUGUACAGGCACUGUCUGAGGAGCACCAGAUCAAAGUGGUCAACGCAUUACAGACCCUGUGUGCUCUGUUUAGAGGAGUUCACCAGAAAAACAAAUCUGCCUCAGGAUUUGACAUCAUCAACAUGCUGAUGGGAUUCGACAAGGCUGAGCUUCGAAUGAAGGAUCUGAUGGAGAGUUUGGACAGUCUCUUAUGUGGAGAUGGAUCAGAGAGUUUGAAGAGUCUGUGUCUGAAACUCUUGCUCUGUCUGGUUACGGUGACUGAUAAUAUCAGCCAGAACACCAUACUGGAGUACGUGAUGAUCAACAGCAUCUUUGAGGCCAUUUUACAGAUCCUGUCUGACGUAUCUAGCAGAGGACAGCAUGGUUAUGAUGCUGUGGUCUUGCUGGCCCUGUUGGUCAACUAUAGGAAAUAUGAGUCUGUCAAUCCCUAUAUUGUGAAGCUUUCUAUUGUGGACGAUGAAUCUACUUUGGACGGAAUGGGUAUGGUUGUCCACAAGGCCCUUACAGAGUAUAACAGGCAGUAUAAAGAAAAAGAGGAAGAAAAUCAAGGGGGGUUUUUCUCUACACUGACUAGUAUGGUGGGCAGUAUGUUCAUUGCUGAUGCGGAGGAGAAGCUCUCGGUUCAGACUAAUGAGGCGAUCCUGCUGGCACUUUACGAGGCCGUGCACCUUAACCGCAACUUCAUCACUGUCCUCGCACAGAGUCAUCCAGAGAUUGACGUAGCAGUCACACCCACCACCCCUGUUCCAACUACACCUACCACUCCGCUCGGCACAACCCCACCCUCCAUGGACAUGAUGAAUUCUCCUGAGCUGCCACUGGAUCCUAACCUGCAGACCAGUAACUUACUCAUCACCUUCCUCAAAUACUCCUCUAUUGUCAUGCAGGACACCAAAGAUGAACACAGACUGAACAGUGCUAGACUGUGCCUCAUCAUCCUCACCUGUAUAGCUGAGGACCAGUAUGCCGAUGCCUUCCUUCACGAUGACAACAUGAACUUCAGGGUUAACCUGCACCGAAUGCCAAUGAGACACAGGAAGAAGGCUGCAGAUAAGAACAUCCCCUCCCGCCCAUUAGUGUGUGCAGUACUGGAUCUCAUGGUUGAGUUCAUUGUCACUCAUAUGAUGAAGGAUUUUCCCAUGGAUUUGUACAUGCGUUGUGUUCAGAUCAUUCACAAGCUGAUAUGUUACCAGAAGAAGUGUCGGGUCAGGCUCCACUACACCUGGACAGAUCUGUGGUCAGCCCUCAUUAACUUGCUGAAGUUCCUGCUGUCCAAUGAGACCACCCUGCUGGCCAAACACAACAUCUUCCAUCUGGCGCUGCAGGUGGUGAACCUCUUUAACAUGUUUAUCACGUAUGGAGACACCUUCCUUCCAACUCCCAGCAGUUACGAUGAAUUGUAUUACGAGAUCAUUCGGAUGCACCAGGUCUUCGACAACCUCCACUGCAUGGUGCUCAGAGUCUCCACCAACGCAGGCCAGUGGAAGGAACCGGCCAGCAAAGUAACUCACGCGCUGGUUAACGUCAGGGCCAUAAUAAACCAUUUCAACCCUAAGAUUGAGUCGUACGCUGCAGUGAACCACAUCUCUCAGCUCUCAGAAGACCAGGUGCUGGAGGUGGUGCGCUCCAAUUACGACACGCUGACCCUGAAACUGCAGGAUGGACUGGACCAGUUUGAGCGUUACUCCGAGCAGCCCAAAGAGGCGGCCUUCUUCAAAGAGCUGGUGCGCUCCAUCAGUCUGAACGUGAGGAAGAACGUGUCUCUGAACACUUUGAGUCAGGACAUUCUGCUGAAGGAGUUCUCUUCUAUAUCCUGAGAAACCUGCUGUUCCUCCUUCUGUGGAGGUCCUAAUACUCCUACUGACCAGACUCCAUGAACUGCUCUCUCUCUCCCAACAACAACAACAACAACAACAACAAAAAGGAACUGGCUCUCCCUAACCGUGCCCUCAACUCAAUUCAGCCCAACCCAGCACGCCAAGGCUUUCAGACCUAACUGCUUCCCCCACAAAGCACCUUACUCUCUUGGGGAAAAGACUGGAUGUGGACACAUACAUACAACCCCCCCUCUGUGAUUUUGAUGCAUUAGGGUUGUGAGUGAUGUGACAGAACUAUAUACAGACUGCGUCUGACGUUGACACGUUGUGUGUAUGAUGAUACACGCAGUUUGGUACUUAUCUGUCUGGUUUUAUUUGGCAGUCAGGGCUCUCCAUUUCAGAUACAGGUUUGUUUUUUUUUUAAGUUUUGAGGAUUGCUUUCUGUGGUUUGCUUUGGUUUUUUUCCUCUUUGCUUUCUUUCUUUUUUUACCGGUAUUAGACAUGUCUUCCUAAAUCGGCCGAUGUGUUUUCAGUUGAUUUGGCUGGGGUUGAUAUUUUCUUGAAUUUUAUGCACACUACUUGAGGGUUUUUUUUUCCCCUCUCAGACCAAGAAACAGAGGAUGCAAACCAAACAGAGGGGAAUGAACUGUACUUACUGUGGAAUCUAAAGUCUUUUAUCCAGAAAUCAAAUUUACUUCCCAGCAAAAUGGUCUUCUCUUUUUUUUUUUUUUUACAUGA